CUCAUUUCCAUUUAUUUGCCGAUUUGCUUUCCAGUUUAUUACUUUCCUUCCACUUCUUAACGCAGAGAGAGAGAGAGAGAGAGUGUGUGUGUGUGUGUUAGAGAGAGAGAGGGAGGAUGAGGAGAGCCAUGGCGGCGCUUCUGCUGAUAUUGUUAUCGGUGUUCGUCCAUUCGAAUGCCGGAGAAGAAGGUUUCGAUGUUCGCCAACAUCUUUCUACUGCGUCCAGAUACGGUGUCGUUAAAGACAUUGCGGACAACUCAUUUGUACCAUCUAAGAUACCAGAUGGGUGUACUCCUAUCCACCUAAAUCUUGUGGCAAGGCAUGGAACCCGUGCUCCUACCAAAAAACGUAUCAAAGAAAUGGAUAUCCUGGCCUCUCGUCUGGAGGUGCUACUAAAAGAAGCAGAAGAACAGAACCUGUCUUUGGAAAAACUUCCUGGUUGGUUAAAGGGUUGGAAAUCUCCUUGGAAAGGAAAACUGACAGGUGGAGAAUUAAUUGUCCAAGGAGAGGAUGAACUCUAUGAUUUUGGAAUCAGGACACGAGAAAGGUUCCCAAAUCUGUUUGAUCAGGAUUACCAUCCAGAUGUUUACACAAUAAAGGCAACACAGGUCCCUCGGGCAUCCGCCAGUGCUGUGGCAUUUGGCAUGGGAAUGUUUAGUGGGAAAGGAAAUCUUGGACCUGGUCGUCAUCGAGCUUUUGCUGUGUCCAGUGAAAGUCGUGCGAGUGAUAUAAUGUUGAGGUUUCAUGAUUGUUGCCAAAACUACAAGGCAUAUAAGAAAAGUCAGGAGCCUGCUGUUGAUAAGCUCAAGGAACCUGUCUAUGAUGAAAUUACUUCUUCAUUAAGGAGGCGCUACAGGUUGAAUUUUACAAAGAAGGAUACAACUUCUCUUUGGUUUCUUUGCAAACAGGAAGCGUCCUUGUUUAAUAUAACUGAUCAAGCUUGUGCACUGUUCACCCCUUCUGAGGUUUCUUUGCUGGAGUGGGCAGAUGAUUUGGAAGCCUUUAUAUUAAAGGGAUAUGGUAAAUCAUUAAACUAUAGAAUGGGAGUUCCCUUGCUUGAAGAUGUAUUGCAGUCCAUGGAGCAGGCUAUUACGGCUGAAGAAGAAAAACAUGCUCCUGGGAAUUAUGAAAGGGCAAGGCUAAGGUUCGCACAUGCAGAAACUGUAGUUCCAUUUUCAUGCCUGCUUGGACUUUUUCUUGAUGGAUCUGAAUUUGAACGGACACAGAAGGAACAGCCCUUGCAACUCCCUCCAAAGCCUCCCCAGAAGCGAAAGUGGAGGGGCAAUACUGUGGCACCUUUUGGUGGGAAUAAUAUGCUGGUUCUGUACAGUUGUCCAGCCAACACUUCAAGCAAGUACUUUGUGCAAGUGCUGCACAAUGAACACCCCAUUCCAAUGCCAGGCUGUGAUGGCUCUGAUUUCUGUCCACUCGAUAUUUUCAAGGAAAGAAUAGUUGCUCCUCAUCUGAAGCACGACUAUAACUCAGUGUGCAAUGCAAAAUUGGAAGAAAAGGAGGUGAAGCCAGCCAGUAAGUUAUCUCAACUGUUCCGUUGGUUGUUCUCACUGGGGAAUGGUGAUAAAACCCUCGAUGAAUUGUAGUUUUUUCUUUUCAAGUGAGGAAGGGAUAAUUGUGCGUUCUAUUUGCUUGCUGGGACUGCCGUUGGUGGCCUGCAUUCACAGCCAACUCUUUCUUGUAGCUAAUAUAGAAACUUCUGGUCUUUUGUUCUGAUACAGAAGUUUUCACCGUUUGAAGUAUCCGAGGCUGCCGGUACCAUUUUGAGUUUUGUAUCGUUGUCCUCUCGUUGUUUUGCUCCUAACAAAACAGCCUUUCUGUAUUCUGCAACUACUGUGUUCUUGUAGAGAUGAAUGGCAUACACGUCUUCACUCGUUCUUAUGAUUUACAAUGUACUCAGUUUUGUUCUUAUGAAAUGGGAUCAAUCGCUUUGAAUGUGAA